AUGUUUUUACAACAGGAAAAAAGCGAAAUACUUUGCGUGCACAUAUUUCGAAAACCCAAUCAAUUUUAUCCACGGUCUCCAGUCAACGUCCGUCGGUUACAUUUCCUGUGGCGCGUUCGCAUCGGGGAACCACGGGAAAAAACCCGCUUUCGAAAUCGAAAUCCGCCAAACGCAAUAUCCAUCUACACGCCGUUCGGUCCGCGGGCCUUCGGGGGUGAUCCGAAUCGAUCGCCGUUCCCGCGUGCAUUCUGUUCUGCGUGUUAUGUUAUUGUAACAACAAGACGUACGAUCCGCGCGCGUAACGAUGUCGUCGCGCGCGUCUCCGGCGUGUGUUCCGCCGUUUAUUGUCGUACGUUUGACUCUUCCGAACCCCCCCCCCCCCCACCCCCAUUCCCCACUCAACCCUCGCGACACGUGGCCCCACGACGCGCGGCCCCGCGUGUCGUUGUGACAGUGGCAGAGAAAGUCCGCGCGCACCCGUACCGCCACGGCCGUCGGUUGAUAAAUUCGUAAAUGUUUUCGUUUUUUUUCCCGGUCAACCACCGCGUUUCGCCGGACCGUACGACAAUAAUAAUAACAACAAUAACGAAUAAUCGGCGCAUGCUCGAUCUCGUUACGCGAACGUGAAAUAGGUCGCGCCGUUUUAAAUGGCGUUCCGUGUUUUAUGGACCGCCGGCGUUACAAUAAAUAAUAACGCGCGAUAACAGCUAACGGUCGCGGUAUUAUUGUCAUCGGAAUAUAUUAUUACUAUUAUUGUUGUUGUUGUUGUUGUGUACGGGUUCGGCCUGUACGCGACGUCGCGGUUGUCGCUGCAGUAUCGGCGUUAUUGUUUUGCGAUUUUAUCAAGCGCGCCGGCAUUGCACGGACUCGGCGGCGUUCUUACACCGACGCGGACGCGUUUUAAAUACCAAGACCCGGGAAUCGAUAACGGCGGACCGAGUGCGGCCGGAAAAGUUUUCGCGCGCCGACGUCGGGUCGUUCCCGCGGUCGCGACGUCGCCGGCGGCCCCGGCACGCGGCCCGCUCGCCAUUUCGCCCGGGCCCUGUUGCCCGGGCGAAAUUUUUUUAUGUGAACACUUUUUCUACCAGAAAGCUUACUCAGAUGUAUACGAUGUAGAUUUUUUACUGAAAGGAAAUUUUCUUGGGGUUGUACUUUAA